AUGUUUGGAAAGAAAUCCAAGAAUUUACCAAUUUAUGAAAACGAAUCACAUUCUAAAGCUAAUAUAACUGGAAAUCUAAAAAAUCCCAAUCAUCAUUUUUCUUAUGAUUCGAGUAUUUCAAGUGAAAACUUGAUGUUUAAUAAAAAGUUAACUGGCAAAUUUAAACAAAAUAAAGCUUUAAGUUUAAUUUACAAAAUGAAUAUAUUCUCACGUAAUAGGCAAACUGUCAACAAAAUAGUCAAUUAUAAUGAUUCAGUUCAACUUGAUAUACCUAAUGAUGAGUCUAUGGAAGAAAAUAGAUCAGUUAACUUGAGUCUUUCUCCAACGCAUAAAUCAGAAUUCGAUAGUAGAAACACUUCCCCUAUUUAUUGUGAUCAAAAAUCUGAACAGCAUUGUAACUCUAAAGUCACUAGACUAUCCACGAAAUCUAUAUCAAAAACAGAUUCACAAAAGAAUAAUCCACUCCACACGGAUAUAUACACGCAUGAUAAUAGCAUAUAUGGAUGUACAAGUGAAUCAUCUGGAUUUAAAGAACAACAAGGUGCAAUUUCAUCCUCAUUACCAUUCACAAUCCCGGAUCCAACUGCUUACAGAGAUUUAGAUAAUGCUAGUCCUGAAACUAUUGAACUAUGUCGUCAUCAUUCAUGUCACUAUUGCUUCUAUGUUUAUUUUCCAUCAUCAACUGUAGAUGAUUGUUUAUUACCAUUUCGAAGAAAAUAUUUCCAAGAUAAAUUUUCACAAUUAAAAAAUUCACAAUAUAAUAAUGAAAUUAAACAAACUAAAUAUGCACAAAAUAUAUUUUCUGAUCGUCGUAUUCAUUCAAUUGAAAAACAAUCUGGUACACAAAUACAUUUAAGUGAACUUUAUUCAAGUAUAAUAUGUAUUAAAGGUAUACCAUGUCGACGUUUAACUAUAGCAGGUCCAUCAUUUGUUAAUAUUUGUUAUGCAUUAAAUUUAUUAGAAAAUUUAUUACCAAAUAUUAUUAAAGGUGCUAUUUUUCCAUAUCGAUUACCAGAAGCAAUACACAAAAUUACUAAUAUUCAAUUAGUAAAAAUAUUUCUGAGCAAAUGUCAAAAUCAUUACUAA